AUGGACGCCACGCUGGAGCGCCCAAUUCAUGAGAAUUUCAUCAACACGCAAGACCUAGUAAAAUGGGUGGAGGGACAGCCCGAUGAUUCUCGCAUGCCCACCGCUCAAGGCAUAUUUGAUGACCUCUUGGCCAAGUCAUCCCAGCUGAAAGCGACAUCCGGCAACUCGUGCGUCAAGCUCUGUGGUUUUGUGGCUCAGUGCACAAAAUCCAAGCUUCCUGAGAUCCAGGAAUGGGCCUACACGGAGGAGAUGAGCUUGAAGCUCUUCAAUUUCUUCAUCGAGUGGAACGAGGUGGAGGCGCAUAGGCACCUGAGGCUUGUGUUGGACCUUCUCCCAAAUCUCAUCAACCAGAACCCCGACUCAACGGUAGGAUCUGCAGUCAAGCUGAACAUCUUGGAUACCCUGGUAUCCAUCGUCGGACCCAAGUCCUCAAGACCUCUGGUCAAGUCGUCCAUGAAGGCCUUGGAUCAGUUCACUUCCAAGAGGCUCUUCUCCGUUAAGGACAUUGGACAGAGCUACCGCAGAGUUCACGCACAAACUGUAUGGCCAUCAGAUUUGGAUCUGUGGCGGGCGAUAUUUGCACAACUUUUUCAUCGCAUGAUCACUAUGCGUGCCAACGCGGGCAAGCUGGUUGUGACACUCUACCAAGCCCUGCAAAAGUCAAAGGGCGAGAUCAGCCAACAGUUCACCGUCCAGGUAUGGCUCGAAUGGCUUCAGGAAGCUCUAACGAGAGCACCCAUGCUGCUGGAUAGCGUCAAAAACUAUGUCUUCCUCCCUGUAUUUAAGCAGGACCGCGCCGGGUCUCUGCGGUUCCUGGAGAUUAUGAAAGAGCUGGACCCGGUAUCGGUGACGAGUGAAGACGAUGAGGAGGAGGUCAAUGUCCAGGCUUUGCUGAGGUUCAAUGCCUUGGAAACUGGAAAGAAGGUCGGAAUCGUGGAUGAACCUGGUACUGCUUCCUUCGCUCUAUCUUUCAGGCCUCAUGCUGACAUUGGCAGGCGGUGUUCCCUCGGAAACCAAGUCUGCAGUCGUCCUCGAGGAAGCUAUGCUCGACAGCGUGUUGUCCCAUCCGUCGUCCGAAACCCCAGCGCUAGAUUUCGCAUGGAGCUUCUGAGCAAGGUCAAGGCCAUGUACCGGCGUGCUCGAGGCGCCAUUCCUCUCCUUCAAAAGGCGCUUCAUCGGGUCGACGCAGCGCCACCAAAGACAACGCCAAAGGCCAACAAGAUCAAGGUUGGCACGUCUGCUGAGGAGGCAAUGGCGUGGCCAAAGGAAAGGAUUGAGAACGUCUUGGCGCAGCACAAGAAGUUCGUCGCGUGGUUCUUGCAAUUCCUCAAGUCAGAGCUCAUCCCAACAGCUUCUUAUCAGCGUCACUUCUCCAUCCUCCGCGCAACGCUCUUCAUCAUCCGCAUAGAGCUGGAUGACUCGAAAGUCUGGGAUUCCAAUGAGGAAGAGGUUCCUCUCUUCAGCACCUUUGACACCACGUGGACUCGGAUACUUUUUGACCUGGUCAUGGACGCCUUUGAAGAUGUAAGGGCUAUCAGUAACGAGAUUCUGAUGAUCUUCUUCACCGAGCCUCGUUUCAAGGACGCCAUCAGUCCCCUGGGCCAUAUCAGGACCGUCACUGAAUUCCUCCGACGAGCCGAAGAUAUCACACGUCGCACCGCGAGGGCUGACCACUCUGAUGGCCUUGCUCGCUCGUACGAGCUCCUGAGUCGAAUCCACGGCCAACAGCAGGAGCGACUCCUCGUGGUAGCUUCGCUCGUAGACCUGUUGGAGAGCAAGCUCUCUCUCGCAGAAAUUGAUCUUGGCAAAGCCGUUCUUGAAGCCCCCAUCUAUGGCUACUUCGCCUCUCUCCGCUUCGUGUGGGAGAGCCUUUGCGAAGCCACCUACACCGAGCCUGAGAUGAAGGCUCUGGACCACCUACAGUUUCGUCUGGUAAAAGCCUGCCAGCGCAUCUGGGCGACUGUCUCAUACGUCCUCUGCGAUGACUCGCCAGAGGGCCAUCUACCGCAGGAGCUGGAGGACAUUGAGGGCCUCGAUACUAAAGACCUCUUGAGCUACAGUUUCCGUGCCAUCCACGAAUCUAGCAAUCUCAUGCGUGCGAUGAUCGUGUCACUGAAAAGCAAAGCGAGAGAGGGCGAUUUACGUCCAUCUGUCGCCACAUUUUCUGCCUUUGGACAGUUGACCUUUGAUCAAUUGACGAACUUGCGACACAGAGGUGCCUUCUCAACGGUGUCUUUGACUUUUGCCACGUGCUGCCAACUUGUGCAAUACUCUGGAGGAAAGCCUGACUGGGUGCCUGAAGGCGAGACGCUGCUGGACGUCUGGUACAAGGGAAGCCAGGAGUGUAUCCUCACCCAUGCGUCGACAACUCGCCGGUCGGCCGGUAUCCCUUCCAUGAUCACUGGCAUCCUGUCCGCCGAUGCGGAAUCCCCGUCUUUCGAUCGCGUGAUUGCAGACUUGACGGACGUUGCGCAACGCGAGGCGCGCGUCACUAAGACUGACGGCUCCAACCUACCCCAAGUCCAUGCCCUUAACUGCUUGAAGGACAUUUUCAAAAGCGCCCACCUUGCACAAAUGGGCAAGGUGGAACGACACAUUCCCCAGUGUCUCGAGCUCGCAGCUGGCUGCCUCAAAGCCGAAGUAUGGGCGAUACGGAACAGCGGCCUCCUCCUCCUCAGGAGUCUGAUUGACAACCUCUUCGGCACGAAUGAAAGCAAGACCCUUAUCGAGGCCGGCUGGGACGGAAAGGCUUCGCGAGUUCAUUACCACAAGUACCCCAUCAUCCCAGUUGUGCUGCUCAACCUUUUGCGUUCCGGACAGGAAGUCAUGAAGCCUAGCACCGGCACCAUUGCCGCCGAGUCUGUGUUCCCUGCUCUGGACAUUAUCCGCCGAGCUGGACCUCCUGAGGACUUGCGCGCAGAGCUGUAUGGCCUUGUCACUGAGUACCUGGGCAGUCCGGUGUGGCACGUUCGGGAGAUGACAGCUCGUGCUCUAUGCUCUUUCCUUCUGCAUGACGGCUGGCUGCAAUCUAUCCAGGAGCUUGUGGAUGGGUCUGAAAGGCAACGGGUGUUGACGCAGGCCAACAGGUUGCACGGUGUGUUACUCACCAUAAAAUACGUCUUCGAGAAGCUAGCAAAUGUUUUGCCAGAGCUGGCGCAGAGGGACACUUCUCCGUUGUUGGACUUGGUCAUCGACCUCUACAAACAGGCUCCCGAGAUCUUCCUCCGAUGCCCCGAGGCACACGCAACGUAUGCUGAGAUCCUGAACGUCAUCUCUGCCUUUGCAUCUGGGACCGCCACCACGCCAGCCGAGAUUGUACGAGAAGAUGCUUAUGCAAGCUAUGCUCACAGUGCGUUGUUAAGCGGCCAGAUUGCGGUCCAGGAAGUCUACCAAGCGGCGUCGAGCCGUGACGUGGCUUUCCUUGCGCUCAAGGCCAUCGACACGGCAUCGAGCAAGCCAGAGGCCGCGGUCGACAUGUUGGAGGCCAUCCCGGUCGUGUUUCAGGCCAUCAUGAGUCCCGAGUUGGGUGGCGAGCUGUGCAAGGUGUAUUUGGGCGUGGGCGCCAACGCGGAGGCUCCCGAGCCGCGCAUUGUAGCCCUGGAAAACCUCGCCGAUACGAUUGAUGAUCUUCUGGAGCAAAAACGUCUGGACCUGAUUCCGUCAGAUGCUAGCCUGACGGCCCUCUGGAACGAGACUCUCGCCAAGUCGUUGAACCCCGGCCUCUCCAACGCUGUCAUCCGUCUCAGUGGUUCCAUCAUGGCAACGUCCACACUCCGUCAGGCCGCAAACUCCCAAGGUCAUGCCCUCGAUACUCUCCAGAACUGGACAGCCAUGAUUUCUGCCGCAGGCCAUGAAGACCAGCUAAUGAUGCAGCCGUUCGAUACGCGCUUCGCAGCAACUCAAUCCCUCAAGUCGUAUCUUUGUGCGUGCCCCUCUUCAGAGCCCGCCCUUAUGCCCGUGCUCCUCACCCUCUACGACGCCCUCAACGACGACGACGAGGAAGUUCGCGCCCUCGCCGCGCUCGCGUCGCGUCCUGUCCUGGCCAACCAGACUCUGCUCCCGCUUCGCGCAGCCGACUCCCUCCUGCAGCUCCUGCAGUCAUCCUACAGCCAGCUGUCCGCCUUCCAAGCGGCCGUCGCGCAGCGCUUGACGAGCACGUCCUCGGCGGCCCAGCAGCUCGCGACGGCGCUCCACUUUGACGACGCGCUGUUCGCCGUCGAGGAGCAGAACCAGUACAUCGACGAGGUGCGCGAGGCGCAGCGGUGGGCGGGGGUCUACGCGAGCCUCCCUGCCGGCGUCGACGACGCUGCGCUGGGAGCAUGGGCCGCUGACGGGGUGAAGGCGCUGAAGGAGCACGUCGAGAAGGAACGGGACGGACCACUCGGGUGGACGGGUAUGCCGGAUGCCUACGCCGUCUGCAUCCGGGUUCUGCUGGCCGCGAGGGCCGUCGUCGCCAGGCAGGGCGGGGAGGCCGAGAAGCUCAGGGCGCUGAUGGCGGAGCUCAAGGGUGUGGCAUCGGACAAGGCGGUGCACGGCAUGAUUCUGGAGUUGCUGGGGUAG